GUCACAGCGCGCGCGGCCAGCGCCUCGGUGCUGCGCGGCGGCCGCGGCAAGCUCGACAGGGCAGUGCUGCUGAACGACAUCGGGAAGAUCGCGCGCCUGGCGCUGAAGAUCCCGCUCAGCUUCGUCGACAGGCCGGCGAGCGCUUUCGCGCUGUUCCAGGGCUGCCGGAGCUCCGAGGCGGCGCAGUGGUGCGCGGAGAAUUUCCACAAGAAGUUGCUGCCGAUGCUCGCCGAGAAGAUCCACGAGCACUCCACGGAGGAGCUUCUGGAGAUUGCGCGCCGUGUGCUGCGCGACUUAGACGGCGAGCUGCUGCAGAGCGCCGCACACCCGUACAGCGGUUGCUGCGCGAUGCUGGCCCUGCUCCUGGGGGACCGCAUCGUCAUCGCUGGGAUCGGCCACGUGCGGGCGGUGCUGCUCCCGGACAGCGCCGGAGCCAGGGGCGCCCCGCGGCAGCUCCUCGCCUGCGCAGGUGACCUGGACAGUGCCACGGAGAGAGCUCGCCUGCGGGACGCAGGCGGUGUGCUGAAGGACGGCCUGCUGCACAGGGAGGCGACCGCCGCCGCCGACGACGACGUCGUCCGCAUCCUCGGCGCCCAGCAUGUCUUCGACGUGCUCAGACUGGACCCGGCCGGAACCUUCGACGAGAAGGAGGCCCGUUCGUUGCACAGGAAGUUGGCAUUGCGGGUCCACCCCGACAAGCAGGCGGAGGGCGCCGACGCGGCCGCCUGCAAGCAGGCCUUCGCCCGCCUCGAGAGCGCCAGGGCCUCGCUGGAGGCGAUGUUUGGCGAGGAC